AUGGCAUGUAAUAUAUCUAAACACUCAACCGGCUCUUCAAAAUUUUCUGGAUCUUUGGCUAAAUCGGUUUUAUAUUAUGGACUUUUUGCUACUCACUUUUCUGGCUCUGGCAUAUUUGUAAAUACAAACGAGAUUGAAAAUGGUAAUGCUGCAACUGAAAUUUCACCGAUACUGAAGUCAGAUAUUAGUGAACAAUUCUAA